CCUCCCUCGAUUCAGGGUUCAGCGAAUUCGGACAGAACCCGGCGUGUCCGUGUCGACCGACCCGUCCCCCUGCAAGUCUGCGACGAGUCUCCUGCCGCUCUUCCCGGCCGGGCGAAAUGGACGGUGUCGUUGUCAGGAGGGUCAUCCCUUCGGAUAACAGUUGCCUCUUCAACGCUGUGGGCUACGUGAUGGAGCACAACCGAAAUAAGGCUUCUGAGCUCAGACAGGUCAUAGCAGCAACAGUCGCUGGUGAUCCUGAGAAAUUCAAUGAAGUGUUUCUUGGCAAACCAAAUGAAGCGUAUUGUGCUUGGAUUUUGGAUCCUGAAAAGUGGGGAGGAGCCAUUGAGCUCUCUAUUCUAUCUGAAUACUACGGGCGUGAAAUCGCAGCAUAUGACAUUCAGACCACCCGCUGUGAUCUCUAUGGUCAGGAGAAGAAUUACAGUGAAAGGGCCAUGCUCAUUUAUGAUGGUUUGCAUUAUGAUGCUCUCGCUAUGUCUCCGGCUGAAGGUGCACCUGAAGAAUUUGACCAGACAAUCUUCCCCGUUAAUCAUGACCGUUCCAUUGGUCCAGCAGAAGGCCUUGCCCUCAACUUAGUGAGGGAGGCGCAAAGGAAGAGGAGCUACACUGACACUGCAAACUUCACUCUGCGCUGCGGGGUGUGCCAGAUCGGCGUCAUCGGUCAACAGGAGGCUGUGGAACAUGCGCAAGCCACUGGCCACGUCAACUUCCAAGAAUACAAAUGACAGUACAAGAUCAGACUGUUGUGCUGUAAACUUGACCAUCAUUUGGUUCCAACUGAUAUUCUCCUCCCGUUGGAUAUGGUUGGCGCUACAUUGUAUCACAGUGUAAUUCUUACGGGGCAAACAGAAUAAUGGUCACCUUCGUUCUGGACAAUGUCUAUCUUGCCUGCCAAUGUCGGUUGAAAUUGAAAGAGCCUACAAUCCAUUGUCGUUCUACAUGCCAGAAGAGGUUUGUUGGCCCAUGGGCCGGAUCUAUAUUGGGCGGUGUGGCCCGGCUGUAUCAUAUCUGGUUUAUCUAUUAGGCUUUAUUCGGUUAUUUCAAUUCUAUGUGGAUUGGAGUGUAUUGGAAUGUAUUGAGAUGUAUUUUGACUUGUUAUGGAUUUAAACCGACUCAAUACCAUUCAAUCCACAUGGUUUAACGGUGAAACGAACAAGUCCUUAACGAUUUUUUUUUCAAAAUUC